AUGAGUAAUCGUAAAACAUAUAGUAAUAAAUAAACUAAAAUCUCAUUGGGUGAGAUAGAUGAAAUGUUUAAUGAUGCUGAAUUCAGUUAAGCUGUUAAAGACACAUUCAAAAAAUAAUCUAGUACAGUUCGUCAUGAUGGACCAAUCUAAACAACAAAUAUGUUUUAUUAGAAACCAACGAUUUCAUAGAUAAUGAGAUUGAGAGCUAAAGGAUCUCAUACAGGAACACGAUGUCCUUCAUUAAAGAAAGAGGAACGUAAAACUAGAUGGGCUAGUUUAAUAAGUGAGGGUAGAACAGAACAUCAUAAAAGAAUACCAUCUGAAAUAGAGAAUAUUCCAAUAUGUGCAUAAUAUGAAUAAUAUAGUUAUCUUUGUAGAGAGCAUGAAUAAUUAAUUUAAAAUUUGAGUGAAUUACCAUAAUCAAUUAAAAUGAUGCUUUACUCUAAUAUGUAUGAAGUUCAAAGAGCUAAAAUGUGUGAAAAUAAAACUAUUUUAGAUGAUAAAUUCAUAUUUACACUAUUCAAUACACUUUAAUAAUUGGAUAAAUAAAUAAUUGAACCUUUACAUUAAUAGUAGACUAGACCUGUACUUAAUUUUAAAAUGAAUUUUGUUUAAAAUGCAGUUAAUAUAAUAUCAGAGACUAUAAUAUAAGGUGUAAGAGAAGCUUUAAAACAUGAUACUAGAUUGGGUAUAUUUAUGGAAGGCUUUUGUAAAUUUUGGAUAGUGUUGAUUGAUAUUUAAUUGUAAUGGAUGGGUAAGAGUUGUGCUGAUUACAUUGAAGCUUAAGUAAAAGAAUUUAAAGAAUAAUUUAAAGAGGCAUUAGCUUAGAAGAUUAAAGUGGAAGAUUAAAUGAUUUAGAUGGAUAAAGAAUUUAAAUCUAUGGAGGCUUAAUAUAUUCGUAAACAUGAAUACUUAUAAUAAUAAUUAUUAUCAGUUUAAUAGGAAUUUCAAGAUUAUGUUGUAGCAGUAUAAUAAAUGAGUGAUCUAAAAAUAGCAGAGGAAAGAAUGAAUUCAGUAGGAUUGAAGGCUUUAGAAUUGGAGAGUAUGUUCAAACAAUAUGAUAAGGUAGUUUCUUAACAUUCAUUUGUAUUUUAAAAAGACAUUAAAGAAUUGGGAACUGCUUUAAUACAAUAGAAGAAAUAAAAUUAACCUCUUCCAAUGAAACACUAGGAAGCACAAAUUCGUUUGGGAUGUUAAAAAUUACCAGAAGAGAAUUAUUAAUUAUAUUAAUUGAAUUCAAUUGGUAUAUUUAUGUAAGUGCAUCCAUUUUAGAUAUUAUUUGAAAUUAAUAAAGAAUUAGAAAUGGAUUAUCCUAUGUUAUUAGGUAAUUUUUUGGAUUAUUUGUCUCAAAUUGGAGAGUUUUAAUCUCAUGUUUGUAGAAUAUUUAUUGAUUGGGUUGGAGAGGAAGAUAAACUUAAUGCAAUAUUAACAUAUUUUAGUGAAUGUGAUCUCGAUUAACCAAUUAAUUAAUUAUAUGCUAUCAUAUUUGGAAUUCGUGAACAUCGUUAAUUAAGUUCUGUAUCUCUAAAAAAAUUAAUAAAAUAUUAUAAAGAAUUGUAAGAAUAACAUGAUUAUUAAUUGAAUGAGAAUUUUACAAUUUAAGAAGCAUCUCCUUAUUUUUAAUUAUUAUUUUCAUAAGAAUUUAAUGAAAAGAUUACUAAUAGUUAGAAAUAAUAAAUGACAUUAUUGGAAUUAUUAUUGAUGUUGGCUUAACAUUUUCUAAUGAUUGAAAAUAAAUAAUGGUCUGGAUGGUUAUAUAAAUAAGAAAUAGAAUCUGAGGAUUUGGAUAUGAAUGUGGUACUGUAUUAUUAUUAUAAUUAUAAUAAAGAUCAAAUAAUUUAUUGAGUUACGUAACCAAUUGAAUAGACCACUUGAAGAUAGCCUUAAAUUAGUGAGACAACUCUCAUUGCUCCACCCUGACUUAUUUUAUAAGAGUAAGUAAGCCCCAUUAGAGAGAAUGAAAGCAUCCGUACGUAAAGUGUAACGUAAAAACUCACAACGAUCUCCUCUCAAGAGAUCAAGUAUUACUUUGAUUAAAGCUAUAAGUAUGAAAAAGUGAUAUAUUAAUUAUAUAAAAAAAUGGGGAAUACUUUGAUUGAAGAUAAAGGCAAAAUCAAUCUGAUGAAAGCAUUUGAAACUUACAAUACAGAAUAAGAAAUUGGGACUCGUUAGACUCUAUUCUUUGAGAAUAAAUUGUUUAAGACAUUGAGUUAUAAAUGGCAUCAAUAAACUCUUCUAUUGAAAGUACAUCUAAUGCGUAAAUAACUCACACUUUAAGAAUUACAUAUACAUACUCAAAAUUUCCAAUAUCUAAUUGAAUAAUUGGAACCAUAUCCAAAUCUAAUGCCAUUCCACAAUCUCAUUAAUUUUGGUAGUAUGCCUAAACCGCAACCAUCUGAAAUGUCUCUUGAAUGCAAUAAAGAAUAUCUGGCAGUUUCUAGACAAUUCCUUUACUUAACAUUGGAAGAACGAUUAUAAUCAAAUUACAAAUUACCAAAAUGCUUAUUAAACUUUUAUGCUUUACAAUUCUUAAGUGCAGUAAAUACAUUACAUAGACGUAAUUUAUAUCAUGGACAUAUACGUUCAUCUAAUGUACUUCUAACAAGUCUUGAUUUUCUAAUCCUGGCUGAUUUUGCAUCAUAUAAACCAACCUAUUUAAAUGAAUUAGAAAUAAUAAGAAACAUUUAUAAAUCAUCUAUAUAGAAAUGUACUUUAGCACCUGAAAAGUAUUCUGAUUUAUAAGAAGUUUAAUAUCUUAAUAAUUUAACAAAAGCAUAAUUACUUUCAAUGUAAGCUAUGGACAUGUUCUCAGUUGGAUGUGUAUUAGCAGAAAUCUUUACAGGAGAAAGUCUUUUUUCACUUGAAUAAUUAUUAUAAUUUAGAAAAGGUGAAUAUGAACCAAUUAUAAAGAUUGAUGGUAUUAUUGGUGAUUUAAUUCGUAAUUUAAUAUCAAUUAAUCCAGAAAUAAGAUAUAAUUCAGAAUAAGCAUUAAAUCUAUUUUGUAAUGAAAUUUGUUCAAGUUAAACAUAUGAAUUAUUAUAAUAUAUAAGUAUAGCAUUAAAUGUAAAUGGUUAUUUUAUGUAACCAGAUGCUAGAAUUGCUUUACUUAGAAAAGUAAUUUCUACAAUAGAAAGGAAAUAAUUCAUAUAUACACUUCCAUUGCCAAUAUAAUUUAUCAAUUUAAGUAAAUUCAAUUAGAUUUGUAGAGAUUUUGAAUUUCCACGUAAAAUGGUUUAAAUAUAAUUUACUAGUGGUGUAGGUAUGGAUGAAAUUAUAGCAAAUUCUCUUGAAAAUUCAGGUAAUCUAAUUUAAAGAGAAUUUAAAGAAGUACAUUAAAUUACAUAAUCAGUUUCAUUAUAAGUUUCUAUGGUUCAAAAACUUAAAUAAUCAAUACAAAAAUAACCUGAACUUUAAGGAUCUAGAUAAAAUUUAAGAACUAGUACAUUUACAAAUAUAGAUAUUAGAUAGAAUAAUCAAGAAUAUAUUAUAGUUAUUUUAUGGAUAUCAAAUUAAAUUAGAAAUUCUAGAUUCAUGUAAACAAGAUUAUGUGGAUUGGAAUUAAUUGAAUUCUUAUGUUAAUAUAUUGAUGAUGAACUCAUUUAUUAUUUUUUAAUGCCAUGUUUGGGAAUACUUUGUGAAGACUCAGAUUCUUAAGUAUAAUAUUAUGCUUUUUCAAUUAUGUUGAAUCUAUUGAAAAAUAUUAAGAAUCCACCAUAAUCAUCUACUGAUACACUCAUUUUUAAAUUAUAUAUAUGGGAAUAAAUCAAGAAUAGAAUGAAUGAUAUGAGUACUAAUCAUCAAUUAGCUCUAAAAAUUGGAGAUAUUGCAGAAAUCUUACACAAAUAUAAUAGAUUAGAAGAGAAAAUAUUAUUCUUAUAAAUUAUAUAAAAGAAGUUUUAGGAAAAUAGAAUAAAUGAACUUACUAUUAUUAUUUCAAAGAUUUAUGAAGUACUUAAAUAUUAUGAAUGUAAUCAAACUUUAGAAAUUCUAACACUUCUUAUUUCUCAAUUCAAUAAUACUACUCUAAAAAUAGCAUUACUUGAUGUCUAUUUAGAAAUAUAUAAAUAUUAUUUAAAUACUGAAAAUAGUUAGUUACUUCUAUAUUGUCUAUAAUUGAAUACCAGAUAAGAAAGUGCUUUAUUUCGCAUAAUUCGUUUUGUUAGAUAAGCUACUGAAGAAUAACUCUUGGAAUUUAACAAAGUGAUUUAAUAUGUGAAAGAAAUAUCUCCUUUGAUUUUACAUCACAAUAGAUGGAUUAGAGAGGAAGCCAAAGAAUUUAUCAUUAUCUUACUUAAUAGAUAUAGUAGUAAGUAAAUAUUCUUUAAAUUUCAUCCACAUAUUAAAAAAUAUUUGAAAUUAGAUGUUCCUAUAAUCAAUCUAGAGAUAUUUACAUCACUUAUACAAAAACCUAUUUGUUCUAAAUGGUUUGAUUAGAAAAAUUAAAAUGAACCAAGAUAUCCAACAUUAACAGAAAGAGAACUCUAUAAUUAUAAUAAUUAUUAUGAAGAAUAUUUUAAGAAAUCAAAGAAUAUCUAAGAAAUAGCUAUAUAAUAAUAAAUUUAAAAGGCUUAAUAUCCAAUAGCCAAAAUGAAUUAACGUGUUAAUGAUUUUAUUGAAGCUGCUUUUAGAGUAGGUUUGAUGUAAUUAGAUUAAAAUAAAUGGGAAGAUUUCACAAAGAAGGGUGGUAAAACAUGGGAAGAUUUCAUUCAAUAUAUUAAAAAUAAUAAUGGAUUUGAUUUAUCAAAUAAAUAGGAUAAUGUAUUAACUAAAAAGAAAGUUAAAUAUUUAUAAGAAUUACAUUUAUAAUUACAAUAUUAAAUUCCUCAAUCAAGUACUUAAUGGAUUAAUUUAUUCAAUUAUAAUAUUAUAGCCAAUUAGAUUUAUAUUAAAUCAUCUUAAUAAUAAAUAUAAGAUAUUCAAUUUUAAAGAUAAAUCUAAUAACCAAUUACUAGACCAUUCAAAAUUAGUAAUUAAAUUGUAACUACAAUUUCUGAACAUAAAGGGAUUGUUACAUCUUUAUAGAAAUUUGGAGAUCAAAGAAGAUUCAUAUCUGGUUCUUAUGAUGGAACAGUUAGAAUAUAUGAUAUGAAGAAGAUUGAAGAGGACUUUACAAAUGGUAGUGUUGCUUAGAUACGUAUAAGUGAAGGUGAUGUUUAAAGUAGAAUCUCUGCUUUAUGUGCAUUAGAAGGAACUGAUAGUUUUGUUGUUGGUACAAAUACUGGAAGUGUUAGUUUAUAUACAAAUGAUCGUCAUACUAGUACAUUUCUUAAAGGGGAUUCUGAAAUUAGGAAGAUUGUUGAUUAAGAAAAUACAUUUAUGUAUGUAACUGAGAAAGGUACUCUCAAAAUUGAAGAUAUUAGAAGUAGGAAUGGAUAAAGUUUUAAUAUUGGUAGAUAACGUGGAUUAGUAUCAAGCAUGGUACAUGAUAAUUAUACUACUUUGAUUGGUACUAUUAAUGGUUAUUUGAUUUUAUAUGAUAUAAGAAGUACUAUGAUUGUCAAUUUAUUCUAAUUAUUGAAUCAUGAUGAUUAAGCAUUACCUAUAUUUAGUUUAGCUUAUAUGAAUAGAGUUUCUUAAUUUGAGGGAAUGAAUAAUGAUAGUUAAAAAUUAGUAGGUAUUGGAUAUUAAUCUAAUAAUAAUGAAGUAGGAUUUUGGGAUUUAAAUAAAUAAAAUGAGGAUUUGAAUCCAGCACUCUUUUUAUAUUGUUCUGAUAAAAAACAUCCAAUAAUAGAAACACCUAGAUUAUAAUCUGUAUUAAAAUCAGAACAAUUUAUAAAUCAUAAUAAUAAUUUAUCAACAUAAUGUCAUUAUGAUUUUCUGAAUAAGAGUUAUUAAGUUGAUUUAAUAUCAUAUUUAAAAGAUCCUUUGACAUCAUCAGAAAGAGUAGCAAAAGAUCGUUGGUUACGUGGUACAAAGAAUCUUUAUAUAAAUUUGAAAUCAGCUUUUGAAUGCAAAAGUACUGUGACUUCAUUGAUUUGCUUGACAUCACGUAUUGAUAAUUAAAGAUAAGAAAAUACAUUUAUUACUGCAAGUACAGAUAGAAGUAUAUAAAGUUGGACAUUAAAUAGUGAUGUUUCUAAAUAAUAAGACAAGAAUAAUGAUAGAGUAUUUAAUUUAUUAUAUUUUAGGAAUUCCAAACUAAUAUAAUAAGUUCACCAUAUAAUUCAAUUAGAAAAUUCAAGUAAUGUCCAAGUGGAGAUGUUUAUGUAAUUUAGGAUUAUGAAUUCAAAAACCAAAGUAAUUCUGGCAAUUCUUUUGAGCAUAAGGAUUGCAUAACAGAUAUGAUAUAUUUAGAUCAUGAUAAUAGUUAUUUGGUUACUGCAAGUAGAGAUCAUACAAUAAAGAUUUGGAAAUGAAUAAAAAUAUAUUAUAAUAAGUAAUUAAAU